AUGACUCUGCCCCAAGAACAAGGAAAAUUUGGAAUGCGAUGCGACGUUGAAAGGUCAGAUACCCCUUUCCGAGAGCUUGAUUUUCCUUCCAAUAAGCCCGAGUCUUCACAUGACCCUCAAGCCCAAUUUGUUUCACGCGGAGUCCCAUGGCCCGAGUCGAGUGCAAAUAAGCCGAUACAAAGUAUGCCAUACACCGUCCUGCAUUCUCAAUUUUACGAGCAAAAUCACUGUCUGCAACAAGAGCAGACGAAAGAAAUUUUAAGACCACUGUCUCACCAAUGUAAGAAGGAGCAAGAUAAAAGCCUACCUGACUUAUCAAGCUCAGGCUUCAAAGAUAGUGGCCAAAAAAACUAUCCUUCUUCAUUUCAUACUUUAGAUACCUCUGAAAAUCUCGAAAUGAAUUGCCCCGCAUGCCUGACUCCAUUGAUCCUCUCUAUCGACUCUACGAAUCCAUUGAUGCGAAUGUUACAAAUUCGGGCUUGCUUAAGGCCAUGUGAUGACGAAACAUUUACCCCUUCGACGAAUACACAUAAAGCAGAGAAAUACGUAAUAUCUUCCGGCCAUGCGUGUGAUCCUAUCACAGAAUUCCGUUCAGAGAAGAGUUACAAAUCAGAAAAGCCUAAGGGAGUGGAUUCCACAUGGAUACAAAGUGCAAAUCAUUCUGAAUGCAAUACCAUCGGUUCGGGUCGGUGCGCGCCAUAUACGCAGUGUGAAUGGGAAAUAAAUAAACUUAACUCAAGCAUGGAUACCACUUCAAGCCCCGCUACAACCGCCGCUGUCACUAAUAUUCCCGAUAAUGCUGCCAUUAUCGCUAAUUCCACCAUCUCGACUAGGGGCGCUUUGGAUGCUUCUAACCUCGAACUAGCCCAUGAUCGGUCUGCUCCCGUAUCUGUCGUGAACAAAGUACUGACCCCGCCGGCAGUACUUGACCGGCGGUUACGCAUGGAAUUGGUAAAUGGAGCCGGACAUUCUCUGCAGAUGGCAGGUACAGCAGUGACCGAAAUAAUUGCACAAGCUGCAGAUUGUGAGGGGUCAUCACAGGCGUCAAGAGAUGACAUGUUAGAGACUGAUAGCUUGACUGAACACAAAGAAACGAAAGAAGAAUUCAACAGUGAUGAAAAGGAUAAAGAAGAGAAGGAAGAUGCUGUAUUCAAGGAUGAAAAGUGUCAAAAUGAUGCAGGGUUAAGGAACAUUCAGAGAAAUCUGGAAAUAAAGGGAAAAAAUGAAGAGGCAGGUGAGGUAGAAUCGAAUACGAUUAUCGCAAAGAGACAAAUAUUAAGAGGACAGCUAAAGAAACGCGAAAUAAGCUGUAAUAUCGACCAAUAUUUGGUUGACAAGGAGGAAUAUCCCCGAGAUCCGUGA